CGAAGAAUUGUUGUGCCAGAAAACUUGAAACAGAAGCAUUUUCCAUCUAAAAAAUAAUCAUACCGUACCAUCGAAGUGAAAUCAACCAGUUGAAAGUGAAAAGUAGUGGAAUUUCCCCGGAAAUAGUGGAAUUCGAGCGAAUUUUAUUCCCGUGGAAAAUUUCCAUUCUAGGCAUUUACUGAAGUGUGAGUGGUGGGUCUUUGAUUGGUGUGUAGUGUGAGUGCGUGACAAAACAGUGAGUGCUUGCUUACGCGACAGGAAACGAAACAACGAAGAUUAGUGGCGGAUCGGUGAAGUUUGUUAAUAUUUUCCUCGCGUGAAAACAAUAUAAUUAGGGAAUAUUUUGCAAAGAAAAGGUGAACAUUGUUGUGGAAAUUAAAUUAUUAUCACUAUUGUUGUUGAUUGCUACGAAAUGAGUUACUCCAGAGGCCAAUAUUACGAGCAAAGCUCCCGUUCCCGCAGCCGUGAUCGAAAAUAUCGCCGCGAGUACCGUGACGAUGGAUAUCGAUACAGCGCCUCCUACGGUGGUGGGUCGGAGUACGGAGGAAGCAGUGCCGGCGGAAGUUACGGCCGUCGAACGUCCCGGCAACCGCAUGCCCACGAAGUUCAGCAAAGUGUGGAAUACGACGAAAGCAAGGCCGUCCUUGCCGUAUUCAAUUUGAGCAUUUAUACCACCGAAGCCGAGCUGUACGAUAUAUUUACCAAGUUUGGUCCUCUGAAGAAGGCAACCGUAGUGAUCGAUGCGAAGACUGGUCGUUCCCGUGGAUUUGGCUUCGUUUACUUCGAAAGCACCGAGGACGCCAAGGUGGCUCACGUUCAGGCCAACGGAAUCGAAAUCGGUGAUCGGCGGAUACGGGUCGACUAUUCGGCAACGGAAAAACCACACGAUCCGACACCGGGUGUGUACUACGGUAAGGUGAGCUACCCGAAAGGUGCUGGUACUGGCGGCGGAGGCUACACUGGUCAUGGUGGUGCACCUCCGUUGGGACCCCCGGCUCCGGUCGCAGGGAAUAUGGCAGCACCCGGCGGCUACUAUCAUUGUCGGGCAUGUGAAAUCGAAGCUCGCGAACGUGAGCGAUGGGAACGCGAAGCUCGGCGCUACGGAAAUGGCAGUGACUACUACUACCAGGACAAGUAUGCCGCUCCGGAACCGCCACGUACCCGAGACCGCUCGGCCAUGUCCCGAUCACGAAGCGACUACUAUCGGGGAGGUGCUGGUGUUCGCUGACAGUGGGCACCGGUUGCAGCGGUUACUGCUGCGCCCCUACCCGGUGGUUAUCCUGCGAUGAUGAUGUAAAAUCGUAAAUAAUUUCACAUAAAUAUAUCCCAUCCUCUAUCCCCCUCUACCUACAACAAUGAAGCCAAUCAAAUCCUUAAGAUUUAGUGCUGUAAUGUCUAAUUCCUACUGGUGAAAUAUGUUGAUUCGCUCAACUUAAAACGAUAUUUAUUGUAGGUGUGUGUAUGCAAUGCACAACUCUAUAUGGAUUAGACCACACGUACGUUAUGGAACACACUUAUAUACUGACACAUGAAAUAUAUUAAAUGGAAAUGCAUUCAAUGAUUAACGUAGCGAGUAAGAAUAAAUAAAACAUAAUUAUGAUUGAGAGCAUUAGAAAGAGACUCGCAUAUGAAAU